AGGAUGAAUUGGUCCUGGCUCCAGGAGCUCCUGAGCGGGGUGAACAAGUACUCCACGGCCUUCGGGCGCAUCUGGCUCUCCGUGGUCUUCGUCUUCCGCUUUCUGGUCUAUGUGGUGGCGGCUGAGCAGGUGUGGAGCGACGACCAGAGGGACUUUGAGUGUAACACGCGUCAGCCCGGCUGCUCCAACGUCUGUUAUGACCACUUCUUCCCCGUCUCCCACAUCCGCCUCUGGGCCCUGCAGCUCAUCCUGGUCACCUGCCCAGCACUGCUGGUGGUCAUGCAUGUGGCCUACCGGAAGGCCAAGCAGAGGAAGCGCCAGGAGGUGGAGGGAAAGAACUGCCGCCAGCUCUACCCCGACCUUGGCAAGAAGCAGGGAGGGCUGUGGUGGACCUACCUGCUCAGCCUUGUCUUCAAAGUUGCUGUGGACAUGACUUUCCUCUACAUCUUCCACCGACUCUACACCAAUUUCAACCUGCCCCGCGUAGUGCGGUGCACCGAGGCUCCCUGCCCCAACACAGUCGACUGCUUCAUUGCUAGGCCCACGGAGAAGAAACUCUUCACCUACUUCAUGGUGGCCACUGCCAUCCUGUGCAUCCUUCUCAGUCUCUGCGAGAUGACCUAUCUGGUCGCCAACCGGUGCUGGGAGCUCGCCACCCGGCACCAGGGCAAGUCGCUGCUGAGCAGGCCCACAGGCUGCCAUCACUGUGCACAGCUGAAGAACCAGAGUCUUAGUACAUCAUCCUCAGGGCAGGCUCCAUUCAGGUCUGUCCCUUUAUAUAGCGGAGAGGGUGCUGCUAGUAAAGGGAAAAGAGGCUCCUACCUCAACUCCGUGCAUUCACUAUCUCUUGCACAGACUCCAGCCACCAGUGCAAACUUCUCACCAGCUUCAUUCCCUGCAGACUGA